CUAAGCAUUCAAUAAGCUUCUGGAUGCAUCCAAAUGUGCUUGCUAGAAACUUUUAGAGAACAAGCAUACCUAGUCCGAGGCGUGGUGAUUUUGUGUCUCGCAGGUUUCGAAAGUCACCAGACGCGAGGCCGAGAACGCAGAAAGAAAGAAAGAAGUGAACAUGUCGAUAUAUAUUUUGCACAAUAAAAGUUUUGGAUCUCCGAUGUAGAUUUUUCUUAGAAUACAUUUACACUGUUAGAGAAUCACUUCUAACUUCCCUUUGCUUGUGAUACGUGUUUUUUUUAAAUACCAAACAUGACGGAGGACAUGUUGGGUGCGGACAUCUGUCGGGUCUGUCGAUCUGAAGGCCUUACAGACAGACCUCUAUUUCAUCCAUGUAUCUGUACAGGCAGCAUUAAGUGGAUACAUCAGGAAUGUCUAGUUCAAUGGAUGCGUUAUUCUCGCAAGGAAUACUGUGAACUUUGCGGCUAUCGUUUCUCAUUUACUCCUAUAUAUAGCCCAGACAUGCCACGGCGUUUACCAUUGAGAGAUGUCAUCGGUGGUUUAUUCUCAAGUAUUGUUACCGCUGUGAAAUAUUGGUUACAUUAUACUUUGGUGGCGAUUGCAUGGCUGGGAGUGGUCCCUUUAACUGCAUGUCGCACGUACAGAGCUCUUUUCAGCGGUCCGCUUGAUUUAGUUAGAAUAAUGUCAUUACCAAUGGACAUAUUCUCCACCGAGAAUAUAUCUUCGGAUGUGUUUCAUGGUUGCUUUGUAGUUACUUGCACCUUGUUCGCGUUUAUUGGCCUAGUAUGGCUACGUGAACAGAUUUUACACGCGGGCGGUCCCGACUGGCUUGAAAGGGAUAUACAGCUGCCUCCAGUUGACAAUCCGCCACAAGCAAACGCACAACGACCACAACAACCUCAGGAACAGCGUGCUAUGCCACAGGAAGUCCAGGACAACAAUAAUGUCCCUCCCUUUAUUGAUCCACCCAUUCCACAAGAAGGAGAAUUACAUAACGAGGAUCAACGUCCUAUGUAUCAGGACAUAGCAGAGAACUUGGCCAAUAAUCCUCGAAUUGGCGAACCUGAAGAUCUAGUGAGGGAUGUACAGGCACCAGCUCCUGUUCCACCUCUUCCAAUCAGAGAUGAACUCGGCGUAGAUGGUGGACAGCCAAAUGCCGCGGGUGGCGAACGUUGGGCGAGAGCACAUGUAGCGGUGCAAGCACAUGUAGUAGGGCAGGCGCAGGGUGAAGCCGAGGAGGCCAAUUGGAAUCCUAUGGAGUGGGACAGACCUGCUGAAGAAUUAACCUGGGAACGUCUCUUAGGAUUAGAUGGAUCUCUUGUCUUUCUUGAACAUGUCUUCUGGGUUGUGUCCCUAAAUACCUUGUUUAUCAUGGUAUUCGCUUUCUGUCCAUAUCAUAUUGGUCAUUUCACAAUAGCAGGAUUGGGCCUGCAGGAACAUGCAGCCGCGUCGCACUUUGAAGGUCUGGUAACUACAUUGUGUGGUUACUGCGUUAUUGGAGUUUGUCUAGUGGUCCUUCACACUCUCGCCGCAUUGCUAGGCUUUCAACGUUCUCAGAGAAUCUUGGGACUCUGUUAUGUUAUCGUCAAAGUCUCUCUGCUCUCUGUCGUAGAGAUCGGUGUACUUCCAUUAGUUUGCGGCUGGUGGUUAGAUAUUUGCUCGUUGGCGAUGUUUGACGCCACUCUCAGAGAUAGAGAAUCCUCAUUUAGGCUUGCUCCCGGCACAUCUAUGUUCAUUCAUUGGCUAGUGGGGAUGGUUUAUAUUUAUUAUUUUGCAUCAUUUAUUCUUCUGUUACGUGAAGUCUUGCGGCCUGGAGUUCUCUGGUUCUUGCGGAAUCUAAACGACCCUGAUUUUUCUCCUAUACAAGAAAUGAUUCAUCUUCCCAUAUUACGACAUGUACGGCGACUAGUCGCGUCUGCGAUUAUAUUUGGCACGGCCAUAUUAUUGAUGUUGUGGUUGCCCGUGAAGAUUCUGAGAUGGGCUUGGCCAGGAUUUUUACCUUAUACCGUGACCGUACAAAGCGAAGCUCAGGUCAGCGAGCUUUCACUGGAACUGCUUCUAUUGCAAGUAAUCCUUCCCGCAUUAUUGGAACAAUCGCAUACUCGCACGUGGUUAAAGGCUCUAGUGAGAACAUGGUGUCGCGUAGUAGCGUGGAUAUUGGAUCUGCAAUCAUAUCUUCUGCGAGAUCAAGCGGAUGAUCCAGGUCCGGCGGUAAUCGAAGAACCGCAACAUCCGGACUUGGGCGCCGCACACCAAGCGUUGCUGCAAAGAGAAGGACCUACGGGAUUUCAACCUUAUGUCAGACCGCGAUGGUUCCCCGCGAGAUUGAUCGGACUUCUUCUCUUUGUUUGCGUAUCUCUUGUAAUCGCUAGUCUAGUCGCUAUGACACUGCCUGUGUGGCUCGGACGUAGAGUGAUGGCGUUGUGGAUGGUAGGGGCACCCGCUCCGUCACCGCCUGUACUACCGCCUACAUUAACUGGAUCUGAUGGUGGCGAGUCUAUGAGUUCUCUAUCCGGAAGAGUGCAUGAAGUAUACACGAUAGCCUGCGGAACGUAUGUAUGUUGGGCUGCAGCGCGAGGUUUAGCGCUAGCAUUCUCCUGGUUACCUCGCGGCCGAAGAGCAAUUAUAGAUCGGAUCAAACACUGGGCGAUCUUGGCCGUGAAGGCUUCAGUAGCAUUUGUAUUGCUUGUCGGAGUCAUACCUCUCCUCUUCGGUCUUCUUCUCGAGUUAGUGGUGGUAGUUCCAUUACGUGUCCCAUUAGAGCAAAAUCCUAUCUUAUUCAUUUGGCAAGAUUGGGCCUUAGGUGUACUAUACACGAAAAUAGCUACCGCCGUAACAAUGAUGGGACCGGAUUGGCGAAUACGUCUCGCUAUCGAGCGUGCAUAUAAUGAAGGAAUAAGAGAAAUGGAUUUAAAAUUUGUCAUCAAGGAAUUAGCGGCUCCUGUUAUUUGUUGCUUCGGUCUUGCCCUCGCGGUUCCUUAUGCCGUGGCUUAUGGGAUAGUUCCACUUUUUGUGACUAAUCUGCAGACCCAGAUUCUUAUCGCCAGGCGUUUAUAUCCUUUUCUCCUUUUAGUACACUUGGUCUGCGCAGUGAUCUGUUUUCAGAUACGACAGUUCAAAAAGUUAUACGAGCAUAUUAAAAACGAUAAGUAUCUUGUGGGGCAAAGACUCGUGAAUUACGAGCAUCGUAACAAAUCGCAGACCCAGCAGCACCAAUCACAAAGAUCGAGCUAACGAUAUCACUAGGCAUAAUAUUGUUACGGCUGAAAAUGGAUUAGGAUUAGCUUCGUGUACAUUCUUUGAGAAUUACUUACUG